AAUAAAAGAGAUGGAGGUACCACUGGUAUAGAAGUUGAUACAGGUAAUGGACAGGGUCCUCCUGGAGUCAACCAGGAGCGCGAGGCUGAUGUAGGAGCUGAAGGGAACCAGGCCAACUCUGAUACAGCAGGACAAGGAGGUGCUCCAGAAAAUCCCAAUGACAGUGUUGAGAACUAUCCAAGUGAUGGGCUCCAGGAAUCAAACGCAGACGUUGAGAUUCAUCAAGCUGAAAACAACGGCAGUGUCAUCUUGUUAGCAGAAUGGCAAUUCAUCCUGAUUGUCGUUGGCUGUGUUGCUGUUGCCAUCAUCGGCGUUGCAAUUGCUUUUAUCUGCUGGUACAAAAUUCAGACGACGUCCAAGGCCCAGAACGAAGCCGACUACCCAGCCUAUGGUGUUACAGGCCCAGGCGCACAGGUCACAUCUUCCAUGAAUAAUGGGGACAGAAAACUUGCCCAGAGUGCCCAGAUGUAUCACUACCAACAUCAGAAACAACAGAUGAUCGCCAUGGAGAAGCGUGAGAAAGGAGAUGUUGCACGGGAUGCCUCGGAUUACGAUUCAGAAGAAGAGAAUGAAGAUGGCGACCUGACUGUCUAUGAAUGCCCUGGACUUGCUCCGACCGGUGAGAUGCAGGUGAAGAACCCCCUCUUUGCGGAGGAUGCUUACCCCAAGCAAGGAGGAGAGGCAGAAGGAGAAGAGAAGCAGUAAUGAUCGAUGACAUUGCUGAGGAACCAAGCCCAGAUACACCAUUGCAGUGGCAUACCUACCUAGGGGGCAGGAUCAGGGAGGGAUGGGGUGGGGUAGGGGGGCAAGGAGGGCGGUUGAUCUCGGUGUUAAGCAUCUUCCUCCUGUUUGGAAGUCACCUGGAUUAUCAUUCCAUUUCCAGGUUAGAGCUGUAAGGGCAUCAUUCAUGUUGUGUUAAUAAUGUGACCUAAUACCAUUUUGGUCUUCAGCAGACAAAAACGUGGCACUGUCCGACCGUACAGAUAUGUCAUGAAUAAAUAUUUCACUUUUUUUUCUUUCUUCCUUUUUUUGUUGUUGAGGGGGUGUGUGGGGCUGUGAGGUCCCCGCUUGACUCAUGACGUUUUAACAAAUUUUUUGCUAUGCCACUGCAAGUUAGAUGUAUCUGCCCAAAGUUCCUAGAUAACAUUGUGGGAUCACUGGGUUAUGUGCAAUUUUGUUCCCAUUCCAUGCUCUUUAAUAAGCUGGAUUGUCAAACAUCACUAUCAAUUAUUUGGUUUCAUAAUUUUUUAUUAAUUUUUUAUGAAGAUGGAAAGAUAUACCUCACACGUAUUGAUUGGUAAAUUCUCCUGUAUACUCCAGCUGUGGUUCUGUGGGGAUUUAUUUUGUAGACAUAAGUGAUCUUUACAGGUUUCUAUCAUCAUUUUGUAAUUUCAAGGUUUAGAAUGGAAUUAUCUGAACAAGAAAUCCACUGCAAUUAGAUGCAUAUUCAUUUGAACCCAGUUCUACAGAUAUAAAAAUUAGAAUUCAUGGUGAUCCAAAAUUAUGAAUAUAGAUUGCCCGGUUGAUUUGGGAAUAUUAACAUUUCUUGUUUAUAACCUUUUAUUCGUCAUUGACUUUUGUUAAAAAAGGGCAUGUUUUGUAUCAAGGGAAUGUAUUCAUUAAUUUAUUUCUCUUCCUGUAUAUGACAAUGAUGACAUAAAGUCCCUGUUAGGUUAAAUUUAGAACAGAAUCGAGAGGAAGAAGGGUUUAAUUUUCUUAAAUGACGCUGGAAAGAAAAGAUACUUCUAAGCCUUCUAUUGCAUCAUGCCGUCUUGAAGGACUGCUCUCUAAGCAUUUCCUGUUGUGGUACACCACACAUUUGUAUGUAUGAAGGCAGUAGCAACAACCACAAACUCUGCGCUCAAGUUGACGAGUUGCAAAGCAAAAUUAGCCGCGUUGAUCGGCCUACUUCUUACAAUCAAGUCAUGGCUAAGGAAUUCUAGCAAGAGAGAUGUUAGCGAAAAAGCACCAUUGCCAUUAUCUGACAAGAGUGUUUACAUUCUGUUUACAACCAAUCACCUACAAGAAACAGCUAAUCUCUGUAUUAAGCCUAUGGGAAUGGAGGAAUUCGGUUGUCAAAGAGUUAAAUCUUACGUAGCAUUACCUACUAUCUUCCAGGGAGGCGGCUGGCAAUGAGUUGGCAAAGGAUUCAACACUGCCACGUAGGCACUUCCAAUGUUAUCAAUGUUACCUUGCUUUGGGUCCCUUACCAUAUACAAAUUUAAGGUUUCCUGUUUAAAGUAUCCAAAAAGGGGGUUUAUUUUGUUAUAUUCACAUUUAUUUGAUAGAGACCCUUUAGGGGUCAAGAAAAGAAAUAGAAAUAAUUGUUGUUCAGAUUUGUUGUUGAUAUCAGGGAAAUCAAUUAAGCAAACAAGCAAUUCAGUAGACAUGUGAUUAAAGUUUGUUUUUAGUAAUAAUGGACAAAAUAGGCAAAAUUCACAAAGGUUUGGAAAGAUGAAAGUUCUUAAAUUACACUGUAUGCAGUUGAUCUUUUCCUAUGGAUCGUAGGAGGAAAGCAAAAGCGACAUUCUCGUGCCAUUUUUUGUGUUAUGUUUCUUAGGUGCACUUGAGAAAUUUGUGAUUGUUUUAAAAAUUGUGUUUUCCUGCAUCACUGCAUUUAAUAGAUGAAGUCUUCAAAGAAUACCAAGUCGAUUAGUGCUUCAAAAAUUUAGGUGCCUCUGCAUGCGUACCCUCUAUAGGCUAAAGUUUUAUUUUAUGGUUUUGUUUUAUCAUUUGUCUUAGCCACCAGUAUAUGUGCAAUGUAUAAGUUCAGUGUUGAGGAGUAUUUAUUUAUGUAGAAUUAUACAAACAAUGGUAUAAUGCUUAAUGUAGUUGUGGUCUAUCGUUCGUUAUACUUUAGCUUGUUUUUCGGUUACCAAAUUUCAGAUGGUUUGGUAAGGGUCUAAAUUGAAGUUAGUGUUGAGAGGUGUACUUAGAUAACCUCCUGUAAUAAAUAUAUCAUUAAGCGUUCUGAAGCAAAUUGACAUGUGACAAGACACAUAGUGUCAACCAAUUCAAUGGUUGUGUGUCAAAUAUCGGUCAAAUUAGUAUGACUUGCAGAGAGGUACGGUAUCCAACAAAAUUGCUGUUUACACUUCAGUAUUCCAUUCGCUGCUGUCAUCUUUUACAACCAAAUUAUACUCUAUCUUGUCAUGUACUUAUCAUACAUGUAUCAUAUAUAUAUAUAUAUAUAUAUAUAUAUAUAUAUAUAUAUAUAUAUAUAUAUAUAUGUAUUAACAUCAGAAGUAAUACAAAAGAAAUACAUUAUUAUCAGAUGUAAAAUACAUAAAUUACAUAAAACAAGUUAUUCUUGUAGAAGGCAUUGCUUUUAGAAGCUGGUUGAGCUUUCUUAAUUGUACUUAAUUUCUAGUUUUUGCCAGCCAGUAGCUGCAACUGUCACCAACUAUCAUUCUGUGUCCGAGGAAUGAAAUGGUGAAGAAAAUAGAGAGAAAAUAUGAUGUAAAUAAGAUAUAUUUUGAUUAGUAUAGGAUAAUUUUUCUGAUCAGUUUUAUUCUUUCUCUUUCCUUCAAACGUUUUCCCUCUUAUCUCUAUCUCUCUCUUUCUCUCUCACUCUCUCUCUCUCUCUCUCUCUACCUCUCUCUCUCUCUCUCUCUCUCUCUCUCUCUUCUUUUUGUCUCUGUCUAUAUCACACAUCAAUCAACAGAUACUCACAUACUGUCUUUUACUCACUCUCCACCCAUCAUCUUUAUUUGUUUAUUUUAUUUGUGUAUCUAUCUGUGAACCUGUGUCCUUGUUCAAUUUGUUCUGAUCUGUUAAGAAUAAACACCUCGCAUGAACUAUUUCUCUCUCUCUCUUUUCUUUUUAUCUGCCUUUUCAAUAUUCUCUCUCUCUCUCUCUCUCUCUCUCUCUCUCUCUCUUUCUCUCUUUCUCUCUCUUUCAUUCCUUCUGUGGCCCUUCUGUAAGCCCAUAAAUAAACCUAUGUAAAUUGAUUGUUUCAUAUAAAAUGGACGUCGAGUUGUCUUAAAAAUUCAGACAAAAAAUUUUAAGACACAAUAAAUGCAUCAUUCAUACAUAUUGUAAUGUGUAUUUGAAUGAAUAUUCUGAAAUUAUAUUUCUCAGAAUAUACAUGUAGAUCCUUUUUCUGUGGACAGAGAAAAGAUGACAUAUAAGAACACUAUACCUGAUUAUAUCCUAAUUAACCUUUUAUAAUCUUCUUCUCUGUUUAAAAAUAGAAAUUCUGCUUUCUCCCUGUAACUUGUGUGGUUUUAAGCCCACUGCUUCAAGCUGUUGCUCAUAGCUUCUUAUACGAGUCAAGGAUACUGAGGGAUGUAUUUUUGGCAACUUGUUUUUGUGAAUUUUUCAAUUUUCUGUGCUCAUGGAGAAGCCAAAUGCUGCGUAAAUUAGGAAUAAAAACUGUGUGCUUGAAUUAAUUGUGGGGCAGCAAAGAUGGAGAAGAAAGUUGUUUAGCCAUUGUACAUGAAUUCUCUAUUAAACCUGGGUUAUGGUUUUUGCAUCAACAUCUGUUGUUUGUCCAUAAUAAUGUGCAAUGAUUUGCAGAGCUGAAGCAAACCUAUCUAUGGUCACUGAGAAGUAUCCGCUCUGUAUUGUUUUUAUUGGAAUAUGAUGAGCUAUGAGCGAUGUAUAAUUUCAGUAUCUGUUGAAAUUGACUAUCUGUAUUCAUUCUUUUCAUACUUUCACUUUCUUUCUUUCAACUUAUUUCUGUAAAUACAUCUUUGUGAAUGUGAAUAAAUUAUGGAGUGAUUUAUCUAUAGUACUAAGAUAAUUGUGGACACAAAAAAAAAUUAUAUUGUUGUAAAUAGAAAACUAAAAGAAGGUAUAUUCAGUUUAGAAGCAAAUACAUUCUAACAGGCGGAUGUCUAAUCCGGGUCAAAUGAGUAUGGGAUUAUUGUUUUUUUAAAUUUUAUUUAUCUUGGAUGAAUGGAGUAUAUAUAUAUCAAUAUCAAAAUUAUAUAUGAAAAUUCAGAAUUGUUUCCAUAAUGAAGUAUUACAAAUACUCCUUUUAUUAUUGACAAUAUAUGUAUCAUGUUCCAUAAUUAGGCAUGACAUGAGGAGUGGUAUUGAUAGAUACAAUACUGAUUUCUCCCCCCUCCCCUGUACAUUUCUGGUGUAUUAAUCAUAUAGCUAUAAAUCUCUAUGGUUUAUUGUAAUUCCGAAUUCGGUUUUCUUCUUUUUUAUUUGUGUGUGUACGAGUUUGGUUAUGGAGGACCAUUCACCACAUUUUAUAUAAGAAAAGAAUACUCCUUCUUGACGACGUAGUUUUAUAUUCUUCAUGUAUUACGCUGAUUUUCUUCAUUCACAUCUAAGAUGUGAAUAGUACAGACGCUAAUCACAAGUAAAGAUACGGGUUUCCAGGUAUGCACGAACAUUUUACUAAAGAAUGAUUCCAUGCUUUUAUUGUUGAAUCGCAAAAAGUGAGCCUUUUAUUCAUUUAUUUAUUUUGUUGUGCUUAUUGGCUUCAUGCUAUGUUAAAAAAACCAAAGUGCUGUGUUUUCUUAAAACAUAUUUAGCUUAAAAUAUACUGUUUUUCCUUCAUUUAUCCACCUUAUACACCAUUUUAUUCAAAUUUGCUCUCAUAUAACCUUUAGUAAUAUCUGAAAGCGAUCAGAGAUACUGUUCCAAUCUCUUAUGUACUUUGCAAAGACAGCCUAUUUUAUUUUCAUUCUCAUUAAUCUGUUACUUAAAAUUCUGAUAAUAGUUCAUUACCCAUUUCUAAAAAGUCUAAAGCCAUAAUGACUUUUUUUGCCCUUAGUUUGCUCGUUUGUGUUAAUUGAAUCGUAAUACACUCGUCAAUGAUUUCACUAAAUCUGCAAACAAUGUAUUUAUUUUUUGUGAGUAAACAAUUCGCAUCCACCCUAGUAUGUUUGAAAGUGCGUGUCAGAAUUAAACUUAAUGAUCGUAGAGUACAA